CACUUACAGUUGACCUAGGCAGAUCUAGCAGUGCAGAACUAACUUAUUGAAAAGGUGGCAUCCAAUGAUGGAUUUUAUACACCUGUCAGCAACUGGUGUGGCUGAAAAUAGCCGAAUCCUCAUUUGAAGUGUCCACAUACUUUUGUAUAUGUAGAUUGAUUGAUAGAUAAUCCCAUAAUGAACAGACAGAGUAUCGUUCAGUUACCGUAACAUCGUGACGCCAGAUUGCCAUGGAAACUACAUUACGCUCCCAGUUGAGAGAAAACAGUGCGUGGUUGAACUUCAGUUUGUUUCAGCACCACUGUCUUGUUGGACAGCAAUCACGCACGAACCUACAGUUUAGCAAGAUAAUAACCAAUUGUGUCUACGACUCGGAGAUCCAAUUAAACCUGUUGGAUAUCACUUAUUGUUGUUUUUAUCACUAUAGUUUGGCUAAGUUCUACCAUUUCAUUCAGCAGUUAGGUCAACCCAAGAUAAUGGAGCUCCAAAUGGAUAGAAGAUUUCACAACUUGACCCUGGAGCAAGUCCAGACUCUGGACCAGGUGUUGACAGAGGUGAUCCCCAUCCACGGCCGAGGGAACUUCCCCACCCUGGAGGUGAGACCCAUGGACAUCAUCCAUGUAGUAAAGGACCGGCUGGUGGAGAGGGAGAUCAGGGUAAGGGACAUCCGCCUCAAUGGCUCCACCGCCAGUUAUGUGAUGGUCAGGGACAACGGCACGGGCUACAGAGACCUGGACAUCAUCUUUGGAGUGGAGCUGCCCAGACAGGAGGACUUCCAGGUUAUCAAGGAGGUGGUGCUGGGCAGCCUGCGUGACCUCCUUCCCCAUGGGGUCAACAGACGCAAGAUCACCUGCCUCACCAUGAAGGAGGCCUACGUACAGAAGAUGGUCAAGGUCUUCAAUGAGCACGACCGCUGGAGCCUAAUCUCACUGUCCAAUAACCGGGGUAAGACUGUGGGGCUCAGGUUCGUAAAUUCCCUGCGACGACAGUUUGAAUUCAGUGUGGACUCCUUCCAGAUUAUAUUGGACCAUAUGCUGGAGGCAUAUUGGGAGACUGAGAGGAGGCAAGAGGGUCAGUGUAAGGGAUUGGAGUUACACAAUGGCAAUGUGUUAUAUCUGGAUAGAGGGGCAGAGAAAACCAUAAUGGAACCCCAGUACCCUUCUGUGAAUCUAAAAGAACAUAAAGACAAUGACUCAAUGAUGACACACUUCACUGACAGUCUGUGCCACAGUGAAGAGGUUAUUGUUCAAAUGGAAGAAUCAUUGCAUCCGAUGGAUGUGCAUGCAACUGGAAAGCAAGAGGAACAGGAAGUGUUAGCGAAAGCAGAGCUUGACCUGGGAUCUCUGGAGGAUGAGGAAGAGGUAGAAGAGGUGGUGGUGUUAACAGUUGAUACAGUAAAAAUACAAUUUGUUCAGAAUACAGAUUACCUCUCAGUUAUAUCCUCCAAAACAAUGACAGAAGAGAUGGAACCUCUGGUGCCAAAUACAUCUGUAGACCUUCAAAGUAACACAGAGGAGUCAUUGAUUUCUGAGUCAAAAGACAUCAAUCCAUCCCCCAUGUUGCUCACAGAGAACUCAGCACUGCAACAAGAGCAAGCUCAACUUCAGGUGAUACUUCAAUCCACAUCCCAAGACUGCACUGCUGUCACACAAAACGUACACCUUGAACAUUCAUUCCUUCCCCCAGCCAAGAAAACCUGUGACACAUCCCAGCAAGUUGUACCUGACUUUUGCCCCUCACCUAAAUCUCCAAGGAAGAUGUCACGAAAGAUGAGCAGCACUUCAUCACUCCCUGAAAAAUGGUCUUUGUUAAAAGAUCUGUCAGAUCUGACAACACAGCUGUUUGAGCCUAUAGAAAUACAACCAAAUCCCUCUUUAAUAGACACUGAUCAAGGCCAUUAUUCAUCUUCCUUAGGGUCCAGACAGAGGAACUCAGAGAGCACUAAAACACUCACAGAUCACCUUACUCCAGCUGUUUCAUCCCAAGAUAAAAACACAUCACCCCACAACAUAGAACAAAUAGUCAGGGUGAAAUACUCAAAAAAGCCUCCCAACUCAGAAGCUACUCAGGAAUCAGUGUCCCUUCAAACCAUAGGGGACAGAGUCCCAGAGUCUGAGCCUGCUGCUGCUCAGGAACCAGGGCCACCAGAGACAACCAUAGUCUUUCCAGGGCCAAGCUCGGCCUUAAAAGACAGGGUCAGCAUCACUGUGGUAGCAGAGUGCAUGUACGGUGACUUUGAGCAAGCCAUGGAUCACCUGCGCUUCCGACUCAUUGCCACCCAUAACCCAGAGGAGAUCAGAGGAGGUGGACUUCUGAAGUACAGUGACCUGCUGGUGAGGAACUUCAGGCCAGCCAGUGAGACAGAGAUCAAGUCCCUAGAGCGUUACAUGUGCUCCCGCUUCUUUAUUGACUUUCCUGACCUCAGCGAGCAGCAGCGCAAAAUCGAGGCCUACCUGCGCUGCCACUUUAUUGGCGAUGAGGAGACGGGCAAAUAUGACUUUCUGAUGACCCUGCGUCGGGUGAUAGAUGAUAGUACAGUGUGUUUGAUGGGACAUGAGCGGAGGCAGACACUCAAUAUGAUCACGGUCCUGGCUCUGAGGGUGCUGGGGGAACAGAAUGCCAUUCCCAAUACUGCCAACAUCACCUGCUUCUAUCAGCCUGCACCUUACAUGGCCGACCCCAUAUUCAGCAGCUACUACAUUCCCCAGGCAGCACAGCCCCCCCUCCUUUACCACACCUACCCUUUACAUGUCCACAUGCAGACCGGCCUGGUGUAGGUCCCAGCAUGUGAGUGGGGGAGAGCAUGCGGGCUGUGUUCUAUAUGGUUCUACUCUGUAACCAGAGGCACAAAAUAGAGUUAAAAAAGAAAACAGGCUGCAUGAGCACAGUUUGUUCAAUGCUUUGAAAAGACACUGCCUAUGACGUGAGAGACAGUGGACACAGAAUAGGGAGGAUUGGAGUUCUUUAGAUAAAGGCCGGCCACCACAUCAUCGUUCAAUUUUUUGUUGUUGUUUUGAAUGGGAGAGAGAAUAGCUGUGAGGGAAAAAUGUCAGAGGGAAAGAACCGUUUACAUGGCUGUUUUAGCUGCAUCAGCAGGGCAGGCAGGCAGGCUUUGGCCGUGUUCAAGAGCAUAAAAUCUGUGAUGCAUUGUGGGUAAAUGUUGACUGAAUGAUUUACAAAUAAUAAUGAGUAGGUAUUUAUGAUGCAAAAUUAGUUGUAGAUCAGUCAUCAGCACUGUCGGCUACAAUGUCAAACAAGUUCUUUGUCACCUUCCUGUGACGGGGGAUCCUAGAUUGUCAAUUAAUGAGAAAGUUGUUUAACAUCACAGAAAUACUGUAUGAAGUGUAGACCGAGCGUUUCUUAUAUUAUUAACUCGAUGGUUCGAGUCCUGAAUGCUGAUUGGCUAACAGCCAUGGUAUAUCAGACUGUAUACCGUGGGGCAAAAAUUGUAUUUAGUCAGCCACCAAUUGUGCAAGUUCUCCCACUUAAAAAGAUGAGGCCUGUACUUUUCAUCAUAGGUACACUUCAACUAUGACAGAGAAAAUGAGAAAAACAAAUCCAGAAAAUCACAUUGUAGGAUUUUUUAUGAAUUUAUUUGCAAAUUAUGGUGGAAAAUCCGUAUUUGGUCACCUACAAACAAGCAAGAUUUCUGGCUUUCACAGACGUGUAACUUCUUCUUUAAGAGGCUCCUCUGUCCUCCACUCGUUACCUGUAUUAAUGGCACCUGUUUGAACUUGUUAUCAGUAUAAAAGACACCUGUCCACAACCUCAAACAGUCACACUCCAAAGUCCACUAUGGCCAAGACCAAAGAGCUGUCAAAGGACACCAGAAACAAAAUUGUAGACCUGCACCAGGCUGGGAAGACAAUCUGCAAUAGGUAAGCAGCUUGGUUUGAAGAAAUCAACUGUGGGAGCAAUUAUUAGGAAAUGGAAGACAUACAAGACCACUGAUAAUCUCCCUCGAUCUGGGGUUCCACGCAAGAUCUCACCCCGUGGGGUCAAAAUGAUCACAAGAAUGGUGAGCAAAAAUCCCAGAACCACACGGGGGGACCUAGUGAAUGACCUGCAGAGAGC